AUAGAUCACACAUUGGCACAUUCAUUCAUAAAACAAUUUCACAUUGCCACUCUCUUAAUACAAUUUCUCCUUAGAUUUCUCUCCCCCUCUCUCUCCUCUCUCUCUCUCUCUCCCCCAAACCUUCACCUUCAACCAAAGAAAAAGAAAAAGAAAAACACAAAAACAACAAAACUCUCUCUAUUAUUCUUUUUCCAGAAACUACAACCAUAUACAAACAUCAUAAUAGAACAUUACAAAAUUUUAUGCGAUUAUUCAUAGUUCGUAAAUUUACCAUACCGUCGUUCGCGAUGUCGUCGGGCGGCCCAGCAACAGCUUCAACAAACACAAGCCCAAGGGUCGCGGGUCCCACAACAACACGUAGACGUGUAGCAGACAACAACGUUAACAAUGAUACAGAAAAACAACAACAACAAAGUUUCCCAGAUUUCUCCGAACUAGAACAUCAAGACAAUGAUCCUGUUUCAUCGUUAUUAAAUUUAAACCACCACGCGCAUGUUCAUCAUCACUUACAUCCAAUCACGCGCUACUUUCUCUUACGCGCCCGCAUUUUCAUAGAACAUUUUCUUCUUACGUUGUCCGGUUCGGUUCAGUGGUUCCGGUCUGGAAAAAACGUGGGCCGAAAGAUCUUUGCGGUUUUAAUUAUGUUGGUUGUUAUGUCGGUUUUUUUUAAGGUUUCGUUGUUUAUUGGUGGUGGUGUUGAAAUGAAUGGGAAAAAAAGUAUUGAAAAUGGACAAUUGAUUUUGCAACGGUUUAAAGAAGAUUGGGCUUCUGCUCAAAGGGUUGUUACUGAAGAAUCUUCUGAAACUCAUGAAACUUCUAUGCCUAAAAGGGUCCUUGAAAGAUUGGCUACUCCAGAAAUAUGGAUGAAGCCAAACAGUGACAAGUAUUAUCAAUGUGUGUCACGACCUAGGAAUCGAAUGAUGAAACCGUCAAAAACCAACGGCUAUCUUCUUGUUCAUGCAAAUGGUGGAUUGAAUCAAAUGAGAACAGGGAUAUGUGACAUGGUAGCUGUGGCAAAAAUAAUGAAUGCCACACUUGUCCUUCCUUCUCUUGACCAUGAUUCAUUUUGGACUGAUCCAAGUGACUUCAAAGAUAUUUUUGAUUGGAGGCUCUUCAUGAAAGUUUUAAAAGAAGACAUUGAUAUUGUCGAGUACUUGCCUCUCCAGUAUGCAUCUGUGAAGCCUAUCGUCAAGGCCCCGGUUUCAUGGUCAAAGGCUAGUUACUAUAGAAGUGAGAUUCUUCCAAUGUUAAAGAGACACAAGGUUGUACAAUUUACUCACACAGAUUCAAGACUUGCCAACAAUGGUCUUGCUUCAUCUAUUCAGAAGCUGAGAUGCCGUGCCAAUUACCAAGCUCUUAAGUAUACAGUUGAGAUUGAGGAGCUUGGAAAGACCUUGGUUGAUAGGCUAAGAAAUAAUGAUGAGCCAUUCAUUGCCCUUCAUUUAAGAUAUGAGAAAGACAUGCUGGCUUUUACUGGCUGUAACCAUAAUCUUACUAUUGAGGAGGCUGAGGAACUUCGGGUUAUGAGGUAUGAAGUGAAGCAUUGGAAGGAAAAAGAGAUUGAUAGUGUCGAUCGACGAUUGCAAGGAGGUUGCCCUAUGUCACCAAGAGAAGCAGCAAUUUUUCUCAAGGCCAUGGGGUACCCUGCAACUACAACAAUCUACAUUGUUGCAGGACCUAUCUAUGGUGGCAAUAGUAUGGCAGCCUUUCGCGCGGAGUAUCCAAACGUCUUUACUCAUUCGACCCUCGCAACCGAGGAGGAGCUAGAGCCUUUUAAGCCGUAUCAAAAUCGUCUCGCUGCUUUGGAUUAUAUUGUUGCCCUUGAAAGUGAUGUCUUUGUUUAUACUUAUGAUGGAAACAUGGCCAAGGCGGUGCAAGGUCAUAGGAGGUUUGAAGGAUUUCGAAAAACUAUCAAUCCUGAUAGAUCAAAUUUUGUCCGACUGAUUGAUCAUUUAGACGAGGGUUCGUUAUCUUGGGAAAAUUUUUCCUUAGAAGUUAAAAAUUUGCAUUCAAAUCGACUCGGUGCACCUUAUCUUAGACAGGUAGGAGAGUCACCAAGAACAGAAGAGAAUUUUUUUGCCAACCCUUUUCCUGGUUGCGUGUGUAACAAGUCACAAGAGCUAAUUACAAGUCAAAAACUAGACCAAAGAUUUGGUAUUGGAGCACAAAAAUGAUAAUAUCUUAGUUUAUGUCAUUUAAUGACAAGGCUAAAUAUUGGAGCUUGAUCAUGUUAUUAUUUUGGCACAACCUUAAAGUAAGGCAACUCACAUGAGUUGUGGUUGGAAUGUGCUUUCCUUUGUCAAGGCCUAUAUGAUGAGGCUGUUGAAGAAUCAAAAGGAGCUUUAUAGGGUUCUUAUUUUAUUCAACAUACUAGUUUCAGGUUAGGUAUACAACAAGGGUGAACCGUAGAAAAUUUGUGUAUAAUUAAAAAGGGAAAUUACAAAUUAGAAAAUUAUAUUGGGGGGAAUUGGAUUUAUUGAUUAAUUUUUGAAGGGCAAUUGCCAAAUGGAGAAAAAUUGGAUACAUUUUUUUAUUGAAGACUUGAUACAUAGGAAUCUAGCUUGAUACUUUACAUUUAAUAUUUUGUUUAUAUUUAGAUUUAAGAUGUAGUAUUUCUUUAUGUCUUGAAAUGCAGGGCUAUGGCUCUGAGUGUAUAAAUUUUGAUGAUUUGGUUA